AUGGAUCAGCAGGCGCUUAGUAUACUGCGGCGCCCACAGCAUUACGGCAUUGUGACUUUGGGACGGCACAGUGCCGCCCGGGUCCUACGGGGUCUUGCUUCUGGAUGGGCGAGCUAUUGCAGCGCGGAGGAGGCGUCCCCCAUGCUGAGAGCAUGCUAUGCAGGGAAAGUUCUUUCCAGCACCGAGAAGCGGAUGUUUUUUGUGUCUCCCGGCGAAGACCUCAUUUUAUCUCUGAAUCAGACAUAUUCUGAUAUUGAAGACGUCUCUUGGAUUGCUGAUGGAAACCAUUUUGCAACAACUAAACCUAAUGAAGAUGUGGUAAUUCGAGACAAACGAUAUAAGGGAAGACUAAAAGCCAAAGCGGAUGGAUCUUUAAUCAUCAUCAAAGUGACCAGGGAGGACCAAAAGGUUUACAAAGCUGAUAUAAACUCAGAUAAAGACUUGCCGGACAUGGAAUUUGAUGUCAGAGUCUUAGAUAAACUCUCCCCACAAGACAUAGACAUUGUGCACGUGGUGAGUAGUAAUGAGACCUGGGCCUGCGCUUUGUCCUGUAAAGUGAACCGAUCCAACGUGACAAUCACCUGGAGCAGCUCGGACGGCAGGGGACUGCAUCUGAUCAAUGGAUCCCUCCAUGUUCCCGAGAACGCGACCAACGUUAGCUACACCUGUUCAGCCGAGAACCCAGUCAGCAGAGCCAACAAAAGUGUUCUCCUCAGGGAACUGUGCAAGAGAGAGCCGAAUACUUCUGCCCGUGUACACGUCUCUGUUCCCAUCAUUAUGGCUGCGUCUGUCGCAUCGGUAGCGGUGAUUUUGUGUAUUUUUUACCGCCGAGUUUGCAGAAAAGAGGCACGUGGACGAGGACCACAAACAACCUACGCUGAGGUAGAAAAUCCGUCAAAUGCAUACGGACAAACCUCAGAAACAGCGAGAGAGGUGGCAGUGAAUACUUUAUACAGUGAAGUCCAACUUGUCAGGAGACCAGAAACAAAUGAGCUAAAUUCUGGACAGGAGAAUAUAAACUGUACGGGGAAAACCAUCUACAGUAUAGUCCGGCAUACAAAGGUACUAAAAGUUCUGCUGGGAGGGGGGCACAGAGCAGAUACACAGAAGGAUAUUCCUAUAAAUCACGCUGCGUCUCGGCACCCGAGGGGGGAAAAAGAGAGCUCAUGGGGAACACGCAGCUUUCGUAAGCAUCACAGUGCAUCUGAUGGGUGGAGUGUCUCCUUCUAA